UUUCUCUAUUUCUCUAUUUCUCUAUUUCUCUACUUCUAUAUUUCUAUAUUUCUGUAUUUCUCUACUUCUCUAUUUCUGUAUUUUCUCCCCUGACUCCCUGCCAGACAAGACAUGUAUGUCAUGUGAAGAAACACGACAAUUGGAACCCGAGAAAAGAAAGGCGGUGGUUACUUCAUGUGCAGGUACUGGGUACAUCUUUCCUCCUAGCUGGUCUCCUACUAGCCACCACUGGGGAGGAGGAGGAUUUUGCUCCAAAUUGCAGCACCCUGCCUGGCCCCUGCCUGGCCUUGAUUGGCCUUGAUUGGCCCCACCUGCAGCCCGUGACCAUCCCCAACCUGGGCCAACUGGGCCAACUGGGCCAACUGGGCGAAAAUCUGGGCUAAACCUCGGGGCCACUUACAAGUUACGGCGUACGCAGUAGUACGCUGUAGCAUGGAAGUACGCACAGUAGUAACUAUAAGUUAACUACUGUAGGCGAAGCAGCUCUUGCCCCGCCGAGCCAACUCCAGACAAACGCCAACUCGCCGCCAUGGGAAAGAUUCGUGAUUCCUCUUGCCUGACUCGGGUAGCCGGCGGGGAAGUUCGCGUAUAGCUAAGAUUGUUGCGGUUUGAGGAAAUUCUGUCUGUACAGAGUACGGAGUAUAUGUACAGAGUAUAUGUAUAUGUACAUACAUGUACAUGUACCAGGUACUUGCACUGAUGGUACUGGUAUCCCCCCCCCCUGCAACCAGAGCUGGCUAUCCCGGGUCAAUCAUAGCCUCACAGGCUGAACAUGGCCAGUAACUUCGUUACUCGUGAGAGAGCAGUGAGAUGAAGGCCUCCCUAUUUCUAGAGAUUAUCUGCGGCGUAUUGUUCCGAGAACAGCAAGCCUCCUGAACUACCCAGACUAGACUGGUAAUCCCCGUUGUCUUUUUUUCAUACACAGCCAGAAAUGUGUUGAAAACUCUCUCCCCAUCAUAUGGUUGCCUCCUUUAGAUAUGUAGAAACCUCACGAGCGCAACUUUGCAAGCAACGUCAUGGCAUGACACGAUUAUAUCCAAACCGAACAAUUCCAUCUUCUUGCUCCCUCCCUCCGUCGGCUACCCGCUAGUGUUGUCAUGUCUUCCCUCCCCGCAUCCACUAGCUAGCAUACUAGCUAGCAUACUUGGUUAGCCAAGAGCCAAAGUAGCACAUCGCUGAUUCGCAUCGCGUCAGGGUCAGUUCUAGUGCCGUUGAAAUCAACCGCGGUGAUAUUGCAUGAAUGCUCAUCCUUUUUUUUUUUUUUUUUUUUUUUUUUUUUUUGCCUCCUCCUCUUUUGCCUCCCUGGAAGCAUGUGAUUGAUAGUUUCGCGGUCUCAAUCUUCUUCCCCUAACAACAAAAAAAAAAGAAAAAAAAAAACGAUUGCAACCGACCUGUCGCCAUCGUAAUAACAUUUAUAUACAUACAUACCCUACUAGUCCAGUCCCUCUUGCUCAACCCUCUCCGACUCGAUAUUUUGCGCAGAAUUACGUACGGCAUUUAAUUCCCCACAGUCUGCUCUGUGAUCCUUCUUCUGCCCUUUUGCGACCUAUCCUAUCUAUCCCCGGGUCUACGCCUAGUUGGCCGGUAUCCGUUUUUAUUUUAUUUUAUUCGAUCAAUUAAUUUACCUUGUUUUUCUUUCCUUUCCUUUUUUUUAUUUUUAUUUAUUUUUAUUAUUUUUACCUCUGCCUUUCCCUUGGGGGAUUGGUAUUUAGUUACCCCAACACCCCAGCUUCUUGCGGCUUCCCCCCCCCAUUUUUGGAUGGUUUCCUCCCCCCUUUACCCCCCCCCCCCCCCCCCCGCUCCUCUCUCUCUCCCUCUCUCCCUUUUUCUUCUUCUUAUUUCCUCUCCGUCCUUCUCGCCACCGUGGUUGUGGUGUGGUUUUUUAUCAAUCGCUUCAUUCUCUUCCGGGGACACCGCCAACAACACAUUUCUCCUAAACCAAACCACACCCCUUAAGGCCAUACAUAUCCCAAAAGAUGUCGGACAAGGUUGAGGCUGGCCCCAACGACAUGGCCCCUAAGCCUAGCUUUGGUGCCCGCGUCAAGGCUAGUUUCAAGAGGUUUUGGUGGCUAUAUCUGGGCAUUUUCAUUGCAGUUGUGCUCGUUAUCAUCUUGCCUGUCAUCUACGUCGGCUACCCCAACAUCGCCCAACGCGAAGUGAACAGAUCCACCCUCACCAUCAACUCCAUGGAAAUCACCGACCCGACCCCAGAUUCCUUCCGCAUCAAAGUUGACCAGACCAUCGGCUCUAAGUCCAAGUUCCACCCCCAACUCGACGCCUUCAACGCCACCAUCGCCACUGCUGGCAGCGGGAAGCCCUUCAUCACCCUCGAAGUCCCCCCUGUCAAGGCCUCCGAUGGCGCCAAUGCCGUGAUUGACCAGAUCGUCAUGCCUGAUCUGGAGUCCUUCACGGACUACUCCAUCCAGGUUAUGAAGUCCGAGACCGUUGAUCUUGAGAUCACAGGCAGGACAGGCUUGAAGGAGGGUUCUCUGCCGAAGACGACGGUGGAUUACCACAAGGUUAUUACCAUGAAGGGCCUCAAUGCACUCAAGGGCUUCGAAGUGAAACACUUCGAACUCGCCUCCAAGCAACCCGACGGAAGCAACAUGAUUGGUGAAGUCUUCAUCCCAAACCCCAGCGUCCUAACCCUCACCUUGGGAGACGUAACCCUCGAACUCUCCGUCGACGGCACCAAAAUCGGCACCGCCAAGCUUCCCGGCCUCGUCAUCCGCCCCGGCGACAACCUCGUCCAAAUGCGUUCGACCGUCGAACUCACCAAGAUCUUCCCCUUCGUCAACGGCGACGACGCCAAGUACAAGAACGGCGUCAUCCCCGUGACCAUCGUGGGCAAAUCGGCCGUGUAUGACGGCAAGGAGUUGCCGUAUUUCACCGCUGCGCUGUCGUCGAAUACGCUGCAUAUUGAGUUGGAUUUGGCACCGUUGUUGGGGCUUGGUGGGAAAUAAAUAAGGGUGAUGGAGAGGUUUUGGGUGUGACGUGAAGUAAUUUUUUUUACAAUUUUCUUUUCUUUUCUUUUUUUUUCGAUUUCUUUUUAAUGUGGUAGUUGGAGGUAAUGAUAGCGCGGGCGGCCUUUACUAUGACGUAACGUCCAGCGUACAUGUACUGUACAUACGUACACGCACACUCGUCGUUGUCUUCGUUUUUCCGCCGGCGACGUGUCUGUGGGUAUAUAUAUGUUCUUUUGCUUCGCUGCCGCUUUUUUGUCUCUAUUAUUCAUAUAUAUAUAUAUCUAUAUAUAUAUGUAUAUAUCCUUUGUGGCUAUAAUAUCAUCCACCCCGCUAGUAUAUACGAUUAUUUUAUUUCCGAUGUCCGAAAAUGAUACCUUGUUUGUUUUGUUUUAUCUAUUAUGUCAAGGAGCAUGUGCCGCCAUAAUCCGUAGUUAUGUAUGUAAUUAAUUUAGUGGUUCCUACGAACGAUUUAUUAAUCACCUCGCUCGACUUAAAAAAAUUCUUUCUACACACCUAUCUCUUAUCUCUUUUUGAUUCGGGGGUUUCUAAUUUAUUUAUUUUCUGCUUCUUCUUCUUCUAUGAUUGUUGGACGUAGAUGUGGUCGUUAUAUGUGAACCCCCUCUUCUCUUCCCCUCCUCCUCCCCCCCCCCCCUAGCUGGAAGCCCCCUGCCUUUUC